AUGGAUUCUCAAAUAGCAAAGCUUGGAACCUCUCUCACGGUGCCUUCCGUUCAGGAGCUAGCUAAGCAAGGCAUCACCAAAGUUCCAGAUCGAUACUUUCAUCCAGACCAAGACCCUCCUGUUGAGUUUCACACAAACCAAGUACCAGUCAUCGAUCUAACUAAACUCUUAUCCGAAGAUGAAAACGAGUUGCACAAGUUUGAUCAUGCAUGCAGAGAGUGGGGUUUCUUCCAGCUGAUAAAUCAUGGAGUGGAUCCUUCGACGGUGGAAAAUGUGAAGAUAGGUGUUCGAGAGUUCUUCAAUGUUCCAAUGGAAGAGAAGAGAAAGUUUUGGCAAAACGGAGAUUUGGAAGGAUAUGGUCAGAGUUUUGUGGUGUCUGAAGAACAAAAGCUAGAAUGGGCAGAUCUAUUUUACAUUUUCACUCUUCCUUCCCACGUCAGGAAUCCCCACUUAUUUCCUAAUAUUCCCCAACCAUUCAGAGAUGCUAUAGAGAGCUAUUCUUUUGAGCUGGAAAAGCUUUGCAUGACAAUCAUCAAACUUAUGACACAAGCUCUUAAGAUCAAACCAAACGAAAUGUUAGAGUUAUUCGAAGAUGUAAGUCAGGCUAUGAGGAUGAAUUGCUAUCCUCCUUGUCCCCAACCAAAACAUGUGAUUGGCCUUAAUCCACAUUCUGAUGCUGGUGCUCUAACCAUCCUCCUGCAAGCCACUCAAGUUGAAGGCCUUGAAAUAAGGAAAGAUGGCUGCUGGAUUCCUGUUCAACCCCUUUCUAAUGCUUUUGUCAUCAACAUUGGAGAUAUUUUAGAGAUAGUGACUAAUGGCGUGUAUAGAAGCAUUGAACAUCGAGCAACGAUCAACUCAGUGAAGGAAAGGAUUUCCAUAGCCACAUUUCAUGGACCUCAAAUGAAGAAAGUGAUAGGUCCAACACCAAGUCUUGUUACUUACGAAAGACCUGCAUUGUUCAAAAGGAUUGGUGUUGCUGAUUACUACAAAGGAUACUUCUCACGUGAGCUAAAAGGGAAAUCAUAUCUUGAUAUGAAGGCACCGAUAAUGGUGAUAGUGUCUGGAGACCUUGAGGGUAAUGUAGGUGAGACCAAAGGUAGUGGUGAUGGUACCGAUGAUAUCGAAGGCAAUGUAGCUCCUGGGGAAGGUGUCGAUGCAAUGACAGGUGAUGGACUAGGGUUGGGUGCAUCAACUGGGGAUGGGGCGAAGUGGUCGUAG